AAUAUUUGAAGCAAAAUGUCCAAGCUCAUCGUAUUGUGUCUCCUCGUUCUGUGCAUCAGCGCCAGUCUGAUUGCCGUUGAUGCUGAAAGUCGUCCUUAUUGCUCUAAGCCUAAUCAAGAAUGGACAUCUUGCGGUUCUGCUUGUCCGAGAAGGUGCAAUCAGCCACCACCCCGAAUCUGCACACUGCAAUGCGUGAUUGGAUGUCAGUGUAAGCGGGGAUACCUUCUGAACAAGAAGGGUGAUUGCGUGAAGCCAAGGCACUGUUGAUUCCAAUGCUCGAUAUUCGUGAAUAAAGCGAUACUAUGUAAUUUUAAACAGGUCUCAGAGGUCAAUAAAAGCAUUCAAU